UCUCAUUCUGAGCUUUGAACUUUAAUGUGGACACCACCGAAUGAUUUCUUGCUUUUUUACUAAACUACCCUUUUCUUUUUCUUAAGACUCGCAUACUAUCCUCCAAAUUUAUUAGUGGUAAUUUCGUCCGAAAGUAUUCUCUCACCACAAACAAAGACCUUGCUUUGGCGUUAAAGCCAAGUUGCCAUUUUUGGUUGAGUUUGAAAGGUUUUCUUUUCUGGGUGUGUUGAGAAUUCCGUCAAAAUUUUAUUUUUGUUUUUGGGGUUUUCUGGGUAUGUUGGUAGAGAGAAGGAGAGUGAUGAGCUGGAGGAGAGUGGGGAAGUCGCUGCUGGCGCUGCUAGCCCAUGCCUUGCUCUUCUCUUUCACCCUUUUACUCGCUCUCAAGCUUCAUCAUGGCGUCUCUUAUUCUUGGUGGGUUGUAUUUGCCCCUUUAUGGCUUUUUCAUGCAGUCGUAGCACGUGGCAGGUUUUCUUUGCCUGCUCCAGCAAUGCCUCACGAUCGCCAUUGGGCCCCCUUUCAUGCGGUCAUGGCGACGCCAUCGCUUGUUGCUUUUGAGCUACUUUUGUGUAUACGUCUUGACAACAGCUAUGUUGUUGAUUUGAAGAUUGUCUUUCUGCCCCUGCUUGCAUUUGAAAUAGCUAUUUUGAUUGAUAAUAUCAGGAUGUGCAGAGCUUUAAUGCCUGGAGAUGAGGAAAGCAUGAGUGAUGAAGUGAUAUGGGAGACACUUCCACAUUUUUGGGUUGCAAUAUCUAUGGUCUUCUUUAUUGCUGCCACAACUUUCACUCUUUUAAAGUUAUGUGGUGACGUUGAAGCCCUAGGCUGGUGGGAUUUAUUCAUAAACUUUGGUAUUGCAGAGUGCUUUGCCUUUCUUGUUUGUACUAAGUGGUAUAAUCCAGCAAUUCAUCAAAAUUCCCACCUUGGAGAAACCAGCUUAUCUUCGACUAUAAGAUACCUUGACUGGAACAGAGGCUUGAUAGUAUCUUCUGAUGAAGACAGGCACCAGAACAGCAGAAUAUGCAACCUGCAAGAUAUUGGAGGGCAUGUAAUGAAAAUUCCAUUUAUUGGUUUCCAGGUCAUGCUUUUCAUGCACUUAGAGGGAACACCACCUAGUGCAAGAAAUAUAUCACCUCCAGUCCUUUUUUCUCCUCUUUUGCUGCUGCAAGGAGCUGGGGUUAUUCUUGCUGCACAUAGAUUUAUUGAGAAAAUUGUUAUUUUAGUACAUAGUGGAGCUGGAUCUGGAAGAUACUUUGAUGUAUCAUCAAAAGUUCUUGAAUUUUUUGGGUUCUUGCACCGUGGAUCAAGGUUGCUCGGUUGGUGGUCAAUUGAUGAAGGAAGUCGAGAGGAACAGGCUAGACUUUAUUGUUCAGGGGCAUCUGGAUAUAACACUUUCUCGCCUGAUAUUGUGAAGAAAAUGCCAAAAUCAGAUCUUGUUGACGAGAUUUGGAGAUUACAAGCUGCACUCGGUGAGCAGACAGAAAUCACCAAGUUUAGCCAGCAGGAGUUCGAGAGACUUCAAAAUGAAAAGAUUCUGUGUAGAGUUUGCUUUGAGGAACAAAUCAAUGUAGUCCUCCUCCCAUGUAGGCAUCAUGUCCUCUGCAGUACUUGCUGUGAGAAGUGUAAGAGGUGUCCAAUCUGCCGUGUUUCUAUUGAAGAGCGACUUCUAGUGUAUGAUGUGUAGUGUCGAAUUAGCGGUAGAAAUUUUCAUGUAAAAUUAUCAAACCCUUAAAGAAUUGCUUGUGAUUUUUGAUGAAGCAAGCAUUGAGAAGCUGGCCAUUCUGGUUUCUCCGAACAUGAUAUGGUUGUCUAAUGCCAUUCAAGAAUUGUAAAUAACUUGGUGCAUUAUGAAAUGAAAUUAGUGAUAUUGACAUGUUUUGCCUGUUCUCCUCCAAAACUCUGUUUUAUGGUUUUGACAUCCAUCAAAUAUGACACACAUAGAUUGAGCUUUUAGGGCUUUUCCAAAUAAUAAGAUUGGUGAAGGUCAUAUGAUAGAAGAUGCUUGGGCUUUUUCUUUUCUUGUUAUUAAAUGGAAAUAAAGAUAGUGUUACCCAGAUAAAGGUCUCUCUCAAACUAAUUAUUUAGUUCUCUGAUUUCCUGGAAUCAUUUUGCUUGCGUUGCGUUGCUCUGAAAUGCUUUUAUUAAGAUCUUUAGUUCUUAAUAAUUGAAAGCCUACAGCGUUAGGACUUAAGACCUGGACGUUUUUUUUUUUGUGGUUCAAAUAACAAGAACAAGCGUGCCCGAGAUUUAUUUAUCAUUCAAUGAUAAAAAAAAAAGGCACUGCUCCCAGGCUCCAUCAGCCUAUGAUGAUUCAAUUGGUUAACAGCUUAUGCUGCCCAGAAACUGCUUUCUAUGCGUAUAAAUUUAUGGGAUGUUCCACUUCAGUGACUUCACUGCUACAGCUUAAAGCUAUAUGAACAACAAGGUAUUUCUUCACAGGUAUAGACCAAAAAAAAGAGCUGCAACAGCCAAAAGACUUGCAGCUUCUGCUUUUUCUAUGCUAUAAACCCCAAUCUCAUUCUUAUAGGAGUCAUGAAUCUCACAUCGAACAUAAUAAGAAGGUCACUAGGGUAUAAAAAGAUUCACAACAUCUCUACCUUGUGAGACGCCUUUUGUAGGACAAAAUCGUGAGGUCAUAGAGGAUCAGAGCGGAUAAUACCUCACAAGGAUAUGAACCGUGGUGAUUAGAUUAAUCUGAGAUGCUGGAUGAGUGGAUGCUCAGGUCCUGGAGUCGCGCAGGUUCAAAGCUUAAGUCUCGACCCGUGACAGUUGGUAUCAAAGUCAGUCCUAUACCGUUCGAUCCACAUCAAGCACCUCGAGAGAAGUAAGCAGAGUGAUCAAUUUUCGUGACAAGAGCGUCACGAGGUUGAGUUCGAAAAAAUAUCACGGACCUAAGGAGGAAUCCUGAAUCUCACAUCACACAUAAUAGGAGAGUCACUGGAAUAUAAAAUGGUUCAUGUCAUCUUCGUCUUGCGAGACGUUUUUUGUAAGAUAAAAUCGUGAGGUCAUGGGGGGUUAAAACGGAUAAUACCUCACAAUGGUGUGAACCGUGACGGUUAGACUAAUUUGAGACGUCGGAUAAGUGGAUAUCCGAAUUCCGAAAUCGCGUGAAUUCGAAGCUUAAGUCUCAACCCGUGCCACUUUUGCUUGCCUCGUUAUCUUCGAAGGUGGAUGGACUUUCAAAUGAUUCUCUUGUUCCGCCUGUCAGUUUUAGCAGUGUGUCAGUUGCCGCUAUCCCCUCUUUGUCUCCACUCUCCCACCGUUGUUUACCCAUCGAGGAGCUAUCUUUUCAUAGGUAAAACUUCAUUGUUUUGUUGACAAGGAAAGCUAAUUCUCCGACUCAAUUGAGCUACAACCUGGUACCUUAUAU